ACUAGUGUUGGGUUGGGCUCCUUUUCAUUUUCGAAGCCCACAACCUGGUCUCUUCAAUGCUUAACUGAAACGAAAUCAUAGUGAUUAUUACAUUUCUAGGGUUUUAGAUUGAAACCAAAAACCUCUUAUUCUUCCUGCCCGUUUCUGCUGCUUCUUUCAAAUCUGUUAUCAACAUGAGUAGGUCAGGUCAACCCCCAGAUCUCAAGAAGUACAUGGACAAGAAGCUUCAGAUUAAGCUAAAUGCAAAUAGGAUGGUGGUUGGAACUCUUCGUGGAUUUGACCAAUUUAUGAAUUUGGUGGUUGACAACACUGUGGAGGUAAAUGGUGAUGAGAAGACUGACAUAGGGAUGGUGGUGAUUCGAGGAAAUAGCGUGGUAACCGUCGAAGCUUUAGAACCUGUCAAUAGAAUGCAAUGAUUAUGAUUUGUAUUCGUGCUGGUAUAAUGUAGCUUUGACUCUUGUGUAUUUUGGCUAAUAUGGCAACUUAUGGUAUGUAAGGCAUUCUAUAUUUGCAGAUACAAUGGAGGUUAUGAUUUGUAAGUCAUUCGUAGUUUUCUCUAAAUUGCACUUGUAACGAGAAUCGAAUGCUUUCAGUUCUGCUGGAAUUACCAUGAUAUGCGUAGCAUAAUUAAUGGCUACUUGUUAUC